UAAAGCCCUAUAACUGGAAGAGGGCCCCGAGCCCGGGUCCUACUCAACCCAGGGAAGGAUCUCUCUGACCAACAGAGGAAGGCCCAACUGAGCAGCUGGGGCCAAGUAAGACCAGUCACCAGCUGUGCUGUGAAGAUGAAGCUCCUGUGGGUCUUGUGGGCGUUGGCGGCCCUCUUGACUGGCUGCCAGGGGGAAGAUGCCAAGACUUCUUCGGAGGAGCGAUUUACAGAACCGAAGCCCUGCAACUUGGAGCCAGCUCAGGCCUGGGAGAUAGCCAUGGGCCGCUUCCGGGGCUACCUGGACCAGCUGCAAACUCGGGUCGAGGACCUGCAGAGUGAGGUGCAGAGUCUCCAAAUAGUCAAGGACCUGAGGGGUCUCAUGACAGACACUCUGACAGAGCUGAAUGCUUACAAGGCUGAGUUGGACCAGGAGCUGACCCCCAUGACUGAGGAGACCCGGAAACAGCUGGCCAAGGAGCUCACAGCAGCCCAGGCCCGCCUCGGGGCUGACAUGGAGGAUGUGGGGUCCCGCCUUGCCCAGUACCACCGAGAGUUCCACGCGGUGGUCAGCCAUAACGUAGAUGAGGUCAGAAACCGGAUAUCAGCCUACCUGAGGAAGAUGAAGAAGCGCAUUGGGCGUGACUACGAAGAGCUCCAGACCCGCAUGGCCACGUACCAGGCUGGUGCCACAGAGGGUGUGGAGAGAGGGCUCGGCCCGCUGAAGCAUUUGGCCCCCCUGCUGGAACGAGUCCAAGAGCAGAACAAGAAGAGGAUGGCCAACCUGGGCACCCUGGCAGGGGAGCGUCUGCAGAGCCACCUGGAGCAGGUGCGCAGCCGAAUGGAGGAGGUCAAGACCAAAGUGGACGAGCAGUCAGCCCAGCUGCAGGCUCAACUGCAGGGCUUUCACGACCGCCUGAAGGCCUGGUUCCAGCCCCUGACCACUGACCUGCAGCGCCAGUGGACGUCACUGGUGGACAAGAUUCAGGAAGGCGUCAGUCCCAAUGGGAAGCUGGGAGAGACACCCGAUACUCCCUUCAGUGACAACUGAAAGCUCCCUGGAGCUCUCCAUGGGUUCCCCGUAGUUCUCCCUGUCUCCCGCCUGGGAGUCCUCCUGUCAUCAUCCACCAGCGGACCCUCCCCUGCCCCGCCCCCCAACCUCCAGCAGGGGAGGAUGCUCCAAUCCCCCCCUCACUCACACCAAGGCACCUUCCGACCCCCUCACCUCUGCAGGGCAGGCCGGUGCACCCCACGGCUCUGGUCCUCAGUCCCUCUGCUACCCUCGGGAGAUGGGUGGGUGGGGGCCUACAUGUAGUCUAAGCUCAGGCCAACAAUAAAGUGAAAGCUUGCUUGUGCACCAGCAACUGA